GAGAGAGAGAGAGAGAGAGAGUUACUGCGCCGCUUGUGAGAUAUUUACGGUAACAAUUUUUAAAAAGAGGAAAUUCUGAACGCAUUCACACACGGUCUGAAGAGCUGACGGGACAGAACGAUGCUUGUAGCCUGUUAAAAUGGAGGUGUGUGUAUUUUGUAUGCUAAGGGGGAGGAGGUUAUCUGCUAUCCAGUAGCUCACACACGUCUCACACGUCCAUAACGAGGAUGAGGGGAACGAGGGAAUAUAUACACGCGCUUUACUCACACACCCUCACCACAGUCGUGCUGUUCUGCUUGAGCUCCGUAUGUCGUGUCCAGCUGCGUCCUGCACACUGAUUCGGGCUGGGAACGUUUCUCUUUAAUCUCCGUGUAUCUCGGACAUCAUCGAUCGCGAUGAUCAACAGUAUAUUGUAGUUUAAUCACAAGGACUGUAGUUUCGCUACAAAUCUAGUGUGCGUAGUUCGGGCUGUAGACAGAGCCAGCAGGAGGAGGAGGAAGAAGAGGAAGAGGGGGUAUUCACCGCGUAAAAUGACCAUGUCGGUCCCAGAAAGGAUCUCGGAGUCUGGAGGAAAAGAAGAGGAGAGCGAGGAUGAGAGCGAGAUCCUGGAGGAGAGUCCAUGUGGCCGCUGGCAGAAGAGAAAGGAGCAGCUCAGUCAAGGGAAUGUCCCUGGCAUCGAGAGUGCUUCCUUGGCCAUGGACACAGAAGAAGGAGUGGAGGUGGUCUGGAACGAGGUGCAGUUUUCUGACAAGAAGGUCUUCAAGGCGCAUGAGGACAGAAUCAAGGAAAUGUUCGAGAACCUCAUGCAGGUUGAGCACCCCAACAUCGUUAAGUUUCAUAAAUACUGGCUGGACAUGAGGGAGAACCGAGCUAGGGUGAUUUUUAUCACAGAGUACAUGUCCUCUGGAAGCCUUAAACAGUUUUUGAAGAAAACUAAGAAAAAUCACAAGACAAUGAAUGUUAAGGCAUGGAAACGCUGGUGCACACAGAUCUUGUCUGCCCUCAGUUACCUGCACUUAUGUGAUCCACCCAUUAUCCACGGAAACCUGACAUGUGAUACAAUCUUCAUCCAGCACAAUGGCCUCAUAAAGAUCGGCUCAGUGUGGCACAGGCUAUUCGUCAAUGUAUUCCCAGAGGCCAUCCAUGGAAACGUGCACCAGCACCGAGAUGAGGCGCGAAAUCAGCACUACUUUGCUCCAGAGUACGGCUUUGCUGAGGACGACUACUCUAUUGACAUAUAUUCUUUUGGUAUCUGUGCUUUGGAGAUGGCAGUUUUGGAGAUUCAAGCCAAUGGUGACACAGCUGUUUCCAAAGAGGCCAUAGCACAUGCUGGGCAGUCACUGGAGGACCCUCUCAUGAGAGAGUUUACACAGUCAUGUGUGCGCACAGAGGCCAAGAUGAGGCCGACAGCACAUGACCUGCUGUUCCACAGAGUAUUGUUUGAGGUCCACUCCUUGAAGUUACUCGCUGCCCACUGCUUCAUCAGCAACCAGUAUCUGCUUCCUGAGAACUGUGUCGAGGAGAAGACCAAGGCUAUAGACCCAAAUGGCAUCAUGGCAGAGAUAAACCACAGCGACCGACCGGGAAUCCAGCUAAAGUACUCCCAUGUUUCUCCACUGGAGCUGGACAAGUUCCUUGAGGAUGUGAAGAAUGGGAUCUACCCCCUAAUGAACUUCGCCUCCCAGAGGCCGCAUCCUAUUCCGCGAGCCCUCUCUUUGUCCCAGGAGCAUAUGGAGACGGUGAAGACUCCAACGCCAGAGCCUCAGGAGACCGAAACCAGAAAGGUUAUCCAGAUGCACUGCAAUUUAGAAGCUAAUGAGGAAGGCACCAGGAGUCAUCUUUCGCUGUUUUUGAAGAUGGACGACAAACUUCACCGCCAGCUCAGCUGUGAUGUUCUUCCAACUGACCAUCCCAGAGAUCUGGCCAGUGAGCUGGUCCACCAUGCAUUCAUCAGCGAGGAUGACUGUGAAAAGUUGGCAUGCUUUUUGGAAGAGGCGCUGGGGAAACACUGGGGUGGGGCUUCCACAUCUCCUUCGGCCAUCGUGUUAACGCACUGAGUCGCACUGGAGCACUGUUGUAAAACAAACGACUUGGCUGGAGCUGGUCUGAGAGAAAGGAAAGACGGAGUUGAAGAGUUACCAAAACUUUUAAAUGGGGAAAGGUCACAACAUGCCUCGAAGUGAUACAAUUCAAUAGCAAGGCUGUAAAGAACACUGACCAUUAACAUUCUCCCAAAACACAACGGGCUUGUUGCUCUUUCACUGGUGAUGAAUCCACCAUGUAUUCCUUUAUAUAUUUGAUGGAUCGUUGUGGACAUUUAAGUACUGUUUUACCAUACUGGAUGGUAAUAUCCAUCCUCCAUCCAAAAAGUUUCUGGCAAAGGAGAAGUCUUAAGAACAAAGAACACUGAAACAAGAAAGAAUACUAUUUGUACAAAAAAAUUGGUUCUCAUGGGUUUGCAUACCCAUGAGUCUUAAACUGUCAAGUUUUUUUUUUUUUAAGAUAACUGCAGCGUGUAUUUAUUUAUUGUUUAACUAUUAAACAUGACUAGAAAGUGUGACUUACAAUUCCCAGUGAGAAUCCAAUUAUGUGAUACAGUAUGUUUUAUUAUUCCCUGCAAAAAAAAAAAAAGUAAUAAAUGGGUGACAAGGAGCUGAUGAAUGUACAGUACUGUAGCAAAGUGCCCUUUGGUUUAUAGUUGGAUUAUAACUCCCAAUGUGAGACCCAAAGCAACUAAAAGGACUGGUUCUUACAAAGCACAAAGUGCCUAAGUAAGAAUGAAUAUGAUUUUCUCUGUGUGUAAUGUAUGCUUAAUAUUCUCAAUAUUAUUUGUGUCAUUUCCUUAGAACAAGGACACACUACAUAAACACCAUUAUACUCACUAGUCAUUUUAAGAGGAAUACCUCCAUCCCUGCUCGUCCAUGCAAUUAUCUGUCAGCCAGUCAUUUGACGGCAGUACGUUAAAACAUGCAGUUUUAGGUCCGGUGCUUCGGUUAAUGAUGGAUGUUGAUGUAAAUGAAAAAUGUGAUCUCCGUGACUGUGGAGUGGAUCAAAUAUUUAGGAAUACACUGACCUACUGGGAUUUUCACCCAGUAGUCUAUCCGUAGAAUGGUGAGGAAAAACCAAAACCACUCUGCAGGUGGAAAUAUCUUGUUGAUGAGAGUAGUCAGAGGAGAAAGAGUGUUGUAAAAUUGUAAAAACUGGCUAUCUGAGAUAACGCAACAUGCAACAGUUGAACAAAACUUGAGCUCUCUCCUCAGAUCUUUCUUUUUGCCGCAAAUGGAAAACAAUCAGAAAAGCAUUUUCUAAAAUACUCAAACCACCUCAUCUGGAACGGGCACCAAAUGCAUGCCAUAGUCAAAGUCACAAUAGAUCAAAUUUCUCCCUAUUCUGAUGUUUCGUUUGAACAUGACUUACAGUACGAAUAUGACUUCUAUCACAUGAUUGGUUGACUGGAAAGUUGCAUGAAUUUGCAAGGUGUUCCUAUUAUAGUCGAUGAUGAGUGUAGCUCAUUUCAGCUUCUGAACUACAAACUACUGUAGCCACUUCUGGGGUCAGAUCCCAGUGCUGGUAGAGUAAGACCUUUUAAUUUAACUUGGCUUUAUGCUUUAUAAAAUUGGAUAAAGAAAAUCAUCCGAAUAAUUACAGUUAAUGUCAAACCGCUCUUAAAAGUAUGGUUUGGUAACAGCCUUUGUAAUACUUUUGCAAUUGUAGUUAGAACAUAUUGAUUUAGAAACACUUAUCACACACUACCAAAGUAGAACCAUUUAUCUGUGCACUGGACUUUCCAGUCCAAACCUACAGGCACUUUAUAAUGUGAAAUGUAUCCCAUCAUAUAAUUAACAAACCCCAUCAAGAGAUGAUAUAUUAACAUGUUGGAUGAGAAGGAAUCCCUCCAUCAAGGUUAUAAGGGCUGUUUUUAGUUUUACUUUUGCAAAAUAUACAGCAGUAUUUGUAAUGAUUGAUGUUCCGUUUACAUACAUAUAUAAAAAGCAAGUAAGGUACAUGCCAAAAGAACACUGAAGAACACUGGAAUCAAUAAUGGCAGCUGGGGUUGGGGUAGAUGAAUGAAAAAGAUGUUUAACUCAUUGCUUCUGGAAAAUCUUACUAGGACUCUUGGGUUGGGGCUUGUCAAUAUGCUGCAUCAUUUUUCUUCAUGCUGUUUAUGCCAACAUUGUCAAAAUUUAAAGUCCUAGACAUAAAUUGUUUUAGCUUGCAGAAUACAACAAUAAGCACCACACUCUGCUAAAAUGUAGAAUUUAAUUUAAAUCUGGUUUCCCAUUUGGGCUUCAGGAAGAUUUCUGUGAUACUACCACAUUUGUAAAUGGCUUUGGCUCAUAAAUGUUUGCAUUUACCUCAAUAGUAAUGCUUUGCAUGUCAGAACCUGAAUGUUAUUACCAAGUUUCUUGGUAAAGUAAUAUGUUGGAAGUGCAGUAUAUGUCCAGCUACCACAUCUUUUUAUGAAAUAAUUGUAACUUUUUGAUUAUUUUCCUGUAGGACAGCUGAUUAAAAACAAACAGUGGCGUCACACAUGAAAUUAUGUUCUUAAUUAUAUAAUGAAUCAUUUUGUGUUCUCCUGAAAUCUUGGAUCUUAUGGAAAGUAGCUUGUGGAUGAUAUUUAGAUAAAGGAAGAAAUGAAUGUGUGUAACUUUCGCAUAGCUGCACAAUGAAUGGUGGAAUCCUCCCAGGCCUUGUUUAGAUAGUUAACAAAAACACACACAAAAAAAAGCAGAUACAUUCUGCUUUUUGAUUUAUGCAAUUUUUUUUUAAUUUGUGUCAAAUAUUGUCUGUUAUUCAAAUUGCUCAAUAAAAUCUUAAUCAUAAAAUGCA